AUGAAACGAAAUACGAUCUGGAGAACUCCGGUAACCGAUUUUGAUUAUAUUUCUUGUAACAAUAUCAAUCUUGAUGGUCUAUUGGUGCCCACUAAUAACGAUCCUUCACAGCUUCGAAAAGAUGGUAUAGCCACAUACGAAUAUAUCAGUUACAUGCAGUAUAUGCCUGGGUGCUAUGGCAAUAAACCUGUUUAUUCAGCCAACAAGUGGCUAGGACUCGACCCGUUACCCAUAGUGUCAGAAGAUUGGGCAAGCUUUAUUAAUAACAAGCGAGAGGGAGAGUUCAUGUAUAGCAUUUAUCCAACCAUAUAUUCCAUAACGGCAGCAACGGUUGUUUCGUGUAUAUUGACUGUCAUAGUUUUCACCAACACACAAAAGCCAAGCAUCUUUUUGAUUCUAGGGUCACUACUCAGCUCCAUCAAUUUAAUCAAUAUCUUGAGCAGCUCCAUGAAGUUUUUGGCGGCCAAUAUACUGUUAGGGAAAGCAUCAGGAGAAAAUUUGUUGAAUGAUAUUCAGUCGAAUGUGAGUUUUAAUGUUAUCGAUUUAUUUUCGGUAUUCAUUUUACAGUUAUGUCAAGUUCAAAUUAUUAUGAGAUUAUUUUCGCGACAGAAAGAGAAGCGGUUUACAUUUGUCAUGGGAGUUUCACUAUCAAUAAUCUCCCAAGUCAUUUGGGCAAUUUCUACAUUUCAUUAUAUGUCAAACAAUGCGGAUUUGGAUGAUGAUUUGAGUAUUAUGCCGGCGUUCAUUUACUUGUUAAGAAUCGCCAUGAAUGUGAUGUAUUCGGUGUUGGUGUGUAUUUAUUGUUUUAUCAAGUUGGAGUUUAUUAAAAGGAAAAACUUGAUUCUUAUAUCAAUUGUCAGCAUCUUAUCGACAAAUGUCCAAUUUGCCUUUUUCAUUGCUGAUGUUGCCAAUGUUUGGGUUGCAGAGUUAUCUGAAGUUUUUAAUGCUGCUGGAUAUGUGGUGUCUACGGUAAUUGUCUGGGAAUGGAUUAAUCGAGUUCAUGCUUCUGAAAAAAUGAAACAGAGCAAAGGUAUUCUAGGAAGACCUUUCUAUGAAGACGAACUAAGCACCACAAACAAGGUGGAUAGAAUAUCUUUAUUCAUUCCUGAAGAAGAUGGACUUAUUGAUUCUGACUAUGAUUCCUAUGAUGGUGAUGCUGGGUCAUUUGAUAAUGAAAAUGGAGGCCAUGGAAAUGGCAUCAAAACAGAAUAUUAUGAAUUUAUUAGUGCACUGAAAUCAAAAACUCAAGAAUUUAUUGCUACAACUGUCCCAAAUUUUAUAAGAAAAACUACUGUCACAUUGGCCUACCUUACGGAUCAAAUUAUUGCGUAUGGAUUAGCGGUACCGAGAUCAGUUUCUGUGAAUAGCAAGGAUAAAAAAUCGCCAAAUAAAAACUUCACCAGCAGAAGAUUUGGAGGUGAAGAUGCAAAUAAUGAUACUGAGAGCAGUGAAGCGCUACUGAUCUAUACCAAUGUUGAGAGGGAUUCCACUUAUGCACAAAACUAUGACGCUGAUAACAACGAUAGUCCACAAGUAUCGGAUGCUAACAAUGGCCCCACCUUUGUUUAUUCCAGGGCGAAAUUUCAAAUUCAAGGUGAUGAUGAGACAACGGGGGGUGAAUCAAAUGAUGACGCUUUUGCUUAUUACGAUGAUGAAAUUGAGGAGCAUCAAGAACAUGAUGUGCUGAUUAGUGAUGAUUCAAGCGAACAUAGCUCUUAA